AUGAUUUUCGAACUCACUAAGAUAGCGCCGCUGACCAAACGCGUCCGCUCCCGUGAUGCCUGCACCUACCUGCAGCGAGCGAUGAAGUCUGAGGGAUGGAUAUUGCCCUCGAAUUGGACCCGUUGGAUCUGCAUGCUGUGGACGGCGACAACGACAAUAUUCUGCAUUAUUUAUUUGCCAUCCGCUUUUUUCAUAAAUUACAUUAUCCAACUGAAAAGCUUUACACCCUCCCUAUUCCUAACCUCCUUGCAAACGGGGAUCAGUGCGGUUGGCUGUUCAGCCAAGGCAUCCAUCAUGUUUAUUAACAUUUGGCGUUUCCCAAAGGCCAAUGAGCAACUGGAUCGUAUGGACAAGCGUUGUGAGACCGACGAGGAACGUCUACAGAUUCAUCAACUUGUCGCGCGCUGCAGUCGCAUCUUUCUGGUAUUUCAAAUCAUUUACCACAUCUUUGUAUUGUCAAGCUUUGCCGCUGGUCUCGUAAAAAAUGAGCCUCCCUGGAAUAUCUAUAAUCCGCUCAUAAACUGGCGUGACAGCAAAACAAAACUCUAUAUGGUUUCAAUUAUAGAAGUCACAAUAAUAUUUUUUUCCACAACCCAAAACCUUAUCAUCGAUACAUAUCCAAUAAUGUACAGCAUCCCCUUGCGAACCCAUAUCAACUUGCUGAGGCAACGUGUUGGGAGACUUCGCGCCAAACCAGACCACAACACCAGGGAGGACUACCAGGACCUAAUUGAUUGUAUUUCGGAUCAUAAACUGGUUAUUAAGUACUUUAAAAUCAUUCAACCCGUCAUUUCGCAAACAAUUUUCGUCCAAUUUUUAAUAAUUGGUGCAGUACUUGGCGUAUCCCUCAUCAAUUUAUUCUUUUUUGCGGAUUUAUUAAAUGGUGCUACCACGAUUAUAUACAUCUCAGCCCUACUGAUUCAGACUUUCCCCUUCUGCUACAUUUGCAAUCUGAUAAUGGACGAUUGCGAGACACUCACCAAUACCUUAUUUCAAUCCAACUGGAUCGACGCUGAUCGGAGGUAUAGGACUACAUUACUCUACUUUCUACACAAUGUACAGCAACCCAUCGUUUUCAAAGCCGGCGGAUUUAUGCAAAUUUGCGUGAGCUCCAAUAUAACGGUUGCUAAAUUCGCCUUUUCCGUCGUCGCAAUUGUCAAGCAAAUGAAUAUUGCAGACAGAUUUACAUAG